AUGGUGAUGAGAAAGGUGCUGGAAAUGGCCCUGAAACGUGACCCGAGGGUGCACACCGCUACAUCACCUUACGUGGACGACAUACUCGUAAAUGAAAACAUCGCUACUGCAUUGGAGGUGAAGGGUCAUCUGGAGGCGCUCGGUCUGACCUGCAAAUCCCCGGAGAAGGUGUCAGAAGGUGCUCGUGUCCUGGGCAUUCGAGUCUGGGGGGAGCGGCAAGGACUGUUCUGGAAGCGGGACAACCAGGAUCUACAGCCGCCGCCAAAGCUGACGAGGAGAGAGGUCUUCUCGCUGUGCGGACGUCUGACAAGUCAGGUCCCGGUGUGUGGCUGGCUGCGUGUCUCCGCAUCCUACCUGAAAAGACGCGCCACUGCAGCGACAGACGGCUGGGAUGACGAGAUCACCGACCCAGAACUCCAGAAAAUGGUCAUGGAAACGCUGCAGCGCGUGAAAACGGCCGAUCCCGCACGAGGUUGCUGGGAUGUCACCGGCGAUGAGGGAGUCGUGUGGGUGGAUGCCAGCUCCCUCGCCAUAGGAGCCGUGCUGGAGAUGGAAGGCAGCAUCGUUGAGGACGCCUGCUGGCUUCGGAAAAAUCCCGAGACACACGUGAACCUUGCAGAACUGGACUCUGUUGUGCGUGGCAUCAAUCUGUCCCUGGCAUGGAACCUGAAGAAAGUGACUGUCGUGACGGACUCGAAAACGGUCUAUCACUGGCUAACAGAUGCGCUCUCCGGCAGAGCUCGGAUAAAGACGAAGGCGGCGAGUGAAAUGCUGAUUAGAAGGCGCCUGGAGACCGUGAAGAGUCUGAGAGAUGAGUACGGCCUCCAGCUGACCGUGAAGUGCGUUCCGUCAGUGGACAACAGGGCUGACGCACUGACGAGAGUGCCGAAGAAGUGGCUGAACCAACAAAGCGAUCCUGAGGUCUGCGGCGCUGCCUUCUCGGCGCCGGAUGUGGUCAGGAUCCAUGAAACAAGCGGACACCCAGGCAUCGGGAGAACGCUGCGCCUGUGUAGGGAGCACGACCCGGCUGUGAGCAGGCACCAGGUGCGCAGUGUAGUUAGCCAGUGCGAAAGGUGCCAGUCCAUCGAUCCAGCGCCCCAGCGGUGGACACAUGGUUCGCUGAGCGUGACUAAAUGCUGGGACAAGGUCAGCAUGGACGUCUGUCACGUAAACGAUCAGCUGUACCUGACUCUGAUUGACUGCGGUCCGUCUCGGUACGCGAUCUGGCGGCGGAUAAAGCGACAGGACACCGACAGCAUCAUCAAGGCUCUGGAGUCGGUAUUCCUGGAGCGCGGCGCUCCGAGGGAGCUGCUGACGGACAACUUCACCUCAUUCCGCAGUGCCGCAUUCCACGAGUUCGUCAGCCGGUGGGGUGUCAGCGUCCGGUACCGAGCUGCCCAUGCGCCGUUCGGCAAUGGUGUCUCUGAGAGAAACCAUAGGUCGGUCAAAACAAUCGUAGCGCGCAAAGGCUGCUCAGUGGCGGAAGCAGUCUACCGCUACAAUGUGAUGCCGCGCAGUGAUGACCUGAACUCUAGUCCUGCCAACGUACUGUUCAACUACAAACUGAGAGUGCCGGACGUGGAGAGUGAGGAAAAGUGCGAAGAGAGUGAGUGUGCUAUGUUCAGUGUAGGCGAUACGGGUACCGUGCGUGUCUGCGGGCAGGACGUGCCCCUCCUGGUGGUGGGCGACGCAGCCUACCCACUGCGUCCGUACCUGGUGAAAGGUUUCCAGGGCCAGCACCUGCACCGUCACCUGCAGAACUACCACCUCGUCGAGAGCUCGAUCGGACGCUGCGACAACACAUCACCCUGA